AUGUCAGAGCGACAAAGCGGAAAUGCUGCGGAACUGUUAGAAGUGAGUUAUAUAUAUUUUAAACAUUUAUGUUUAGACUCUUCGCCACAACCGCUCCGAAAUGUCAAUGUUCUUGUACAAGUACUAUCGUGAAUUGCCAACGUCUUGCAGCCUUUACAGGAGCGACCGUUUUUUGUUAUCAGAUUGCUUCAACUUGAUGAGAUAUUGGUAUGUUUUAAUGGUAUUUUUAUCACAUAUUUUAUAGUUUUUAUGUUUGUAUCAAAAUGUUUAAUGAAACAAUUGCACUAUUUGCAGUAAAACAACGUUCCGCCUUGACGAAUUGAUUGCUAAGCAUCAAAAGCCGUGUCAUCUACGGAUGUUAAAAGCCGCAGCUUUGUUUUUGGGUGUUGGAAAAGAAGAGAAUCCGCUAAUUACCACAUUGAAUGAUCUUUGCACACGUGAUUGGGGUAGUGAAUUGCUAGUUAAUCAUUGCUUUUACACCGUUAUUGACACACAUUAUGUAAGUUAAAUGUUUAAAUUAUUACAUUUUGUUUUAAGUUUGCCAAUUGCUCAACAACCGUCAUGAGAGAAUUGAUAAAAAUGGAAGAUUCAAUCCGUUCCGUGCUCAUAUUAGCUCCAAGCAAUCUGGAGGACCUUGAAGAUGAAUUCUGGCUGUCGCUGAAACAGUUCAUACAGAGGAGGUGGUUUUACGAUACCGCUUGGGAUGUCUUGCACUCUGAUGUUCAGUUUGGCUCACCGCUCCGCCACAGUCGCCUUUUACAUUUCAAAAAAGACGAAAGUUUCAUGAUCACCGCCCGUGCUGAAAGAUCCGUUGUUAUGAACCAGAUCAGCGCGAUGUAUCCUACAAAUUGCGGAGGUGUCUACUUUGUUGGAAACCGUGAUUGUAAGUUUCAACCUUUAUUUUUGAACUUUAUUCAAUUUCAAUGUACAUAUUUUCUACUACAGGUCGUUUCGUUGGCCGCCACACCGUCCCCAAGACAGAAAACAAUGUUAUUGUUUACCGCUACAUCGAGUAUUUGCGCGCCGCCCACAAGGAGACCAGCCUGUACACGAAGUCACAAUACUUCGACAUAGAACGUGUGUUGGAUGACGAUCUGAAUCCCGAAGAUCCCGCUUAA